CACCAAACAAGCCCUCUGGACACCGGGAUAACGCUCAUGAAAGCAUGAAAUCUUAAAUCCCAUACAUGCUUAUUCACAGUCCCGCUCGCCCGCAGCCAUGAGCAACAAAUCCCUUGAGCAAGCUCUAGCAAGCCUCCUCCCCACCCAUGCCGAAGCUCUCCCGCCAGAGCUCGUCAAACAUGCCUCAAGUCUCCUCGCUCAGUCGCGCACCUAUGGCAGUAGCUUGAAACCAGAAGAAGAAAUCGCUAGGUCCUACGUCUGCGCAGAAAUUGCUUGCAAGCGAUUAAGGAAACCUCUCAAACUGCCGCCUCUCUUGGGCAGGCCGCCAUGUCCACCCCGCGUAUACAAGAAGAUAUAUACAUAUCUCGAGCAGGCCCUACUGAAAUCAUCCACGACGGGUUCGAGUCGAGGAGACUCCCGCACCGCGGCCGCAAGCCCUAAUACCUCCGCACCAAAUACACCAAGAAAACCCACAGGCGCAUCCAUGUCUCUGCGAACACCGUCAAAGAAUAAUUCCCCAGCCAUUUCGACGACGGCAAAUGGCUCCCCACUUAAGCGCCCUCUUCCUACAACACCAUCGCGGAAGGUAACGAAUAAUAGUCGGUCGAAGGUAUCGCUGCACGGACGGGGGACCAAUGGGAUUUCUAGCAAGAGUGCAAUGAAAGAUGCUCCGUCGUGGACAAUGCCGCUUAUUCGACGGGUAUGUAAAGCAUUGGCUACGCCUACAGCUACCUCAACGCCCCUCUCGCGCCCUGCAGUCUCGACCUCCUUACCGCCACAUAUCUUUGCUGGGCUCUCGUCGAUUCUCUCUUACAUCUCUGAAAUGGCGAAGCCGGGGGAUCGGAAACAUACACAAUUCCUCUCCCCUCUUAUCACAGCGGGGACGAAAACGACUACGAAGGGGCAUGGGCCUGAGGCUCAGGAUGAGAAGACUUACAUAGAUAGAAUCACCAUGUUGAUCGUGGCUGUGUAUUUCGUUGUGCUUGCUCGUCGGCGGCCCGUUGCGGCAAAGUCGUCAUCCGCAUCCUCGCCGUCCUCCUCAACUUCACCUCCAGCUGAGAGCUUGGACGUGGAUACGUAUGUGGAAAUGGCUACUGCAGCGCUAGCGAGCGUUGGCUUGGAAGGGCAAACAUACGUAAAGGACGUGGAUGUCUGGCUCUCCAUCAUCAUGACGCAGAAAUGGACUGUGGGAACGGAGUGGUUUGACAAUAUACCUGGACCUGCGAAGAGGGUUAGUGACGAUGUAAAUGGAGAUCUGGAAGCGGAAUUGGCAGAAGGAGCAGGCGACCAAGACGAUGACGAUGACGACGAUGACAUUGUUAGCCCGCAAAAGAGGAGAGUGAUCCGGCGAGAAAAUCAGCGGCGAAGCGAAAAUGGUGGUGCGAAGGCAAAUGGCGGUUUGCAGCCUGGCCUGGGCACCAUGAUGCAGGAUCGUCUCAAUUGGUUGAGCGAGGAUAAGAAGGAGGAGUAUUUAGAGUGGAAGGAGGGGGUUAUGGAGAAGAUACGUGCUAUUGAAAAUGGGAUGAUUUCUGCAUAAGAAGAAGCGAUCUUCGUUAGUUUGUGGGAGAUAGUGUGCUUUUAUAAAUAUGAUGUAUGAUAGAUGGAAUUGAUACCCCUUCUUGACUUUCUUAGACGUGUAGAAUGUUCAGAACAAAAAUUACAUACGUAGA